CCAACUCCGCAUUCACUCCAAGUGACUAUUAACCUUUUGACCUUCGUAUCCACAUCGUAGCAGGUUUCUGAACAUCUCCUUUUCGUACUGCACGAAAUGGACAUUCGACCUGCGGGAGAACAGACAACUCAACCGAUAACAGCUAGCUCACCGUCGGAUGUAGCAGCGACUCUCAACCUAGAUGAAAAACUGGAAGCUGCCAUUCAGCUUCUCCCUAGUUGUCAAAGAUGCAAGCGUCUGAGGAGAAAGUGUGACACCAAUUUGCCAUCUUGUAGGCUUUGCCUCAAAGCCAGUGUCGAAUGUUCAUUCUAUGACCAUUCAUUGCAACAAGUUCUGCCUCGAAGUUAUGUGCUCUCCCUUUUGAAAAGAGCUCAGGAGCUCAAGUCUCGUAAGAGCCCCAAGAUGACUACGACGAUCAGUGUAGACAUGAGACAAAGACAACCAACUCGGGAGCUUCUGCCAGUCAGAUCCGAUGAGCCAGAUUUAAAAUCAAUGAACUACGAUGAUCAUUUCAUGCUCUCUACAGCCUCGGAUCGAACGUUCCGUUUCUUUGGUUCAAGUUCAGUCUUCGUCCUCACUGUCCAGCUCGCAUCUCAAAUUUUCGACGACCCAAGUCAAUUCAAAGCUCCAGACUUCCUGUCAUCGCUUAACCGUAAUGAAGAAGGGAUCAUCGACUCUGGUGCCAUGGUUGCGACACGUCAUAGUGUUCCUUCCAAGGAAAUGCUCUCAACUCUAAUCGGAUAUUACAUCUCAACCAUGAACACCCUGUAUCCGUUCAUCGACGAAUCGAUGAUUGAAGCCGACCUGCAAACGUAUAUAUGCGAUCAAAACAAUGACUCAAAGACGAAAGGGAGACUUUCUGGCAAAGCUGCUUAUCAGUUCUUCCGGAUUUCGAUGAUGUGUGCAGUCGCUUGUGCUAACAAGUCGCGACACAAACCUCACUUGUCAGCCACUGAUGAUGAUUUCUACGCGAAGGGACUGAAGUAUGUUGAAGCUGUCACAUCAGAGGUAUCAGGGGAAUCACUACAGGCUCUGUUACUACUGAUUCUAUACUGUCUCUUCCAUCCUCGCAAAGGAGAUAUCUGGAAAUUACUAGAUUACGCCUGCCGCUUGAGCGUCGAGUUGGGAUAUCAUACCGAACUUCCUCUUGACCAAGAAUCGAGUCGAGACAUGGCACUGCGCAGAAGCACAUUUUGGAGCUUAUAUACCAUUGAGCGUAUCGUGGGUCAAAUAUUCGGAAGGCCAUCAGAUCUGCCCGAACAGAUCAUAACGACAGAGUAUCCGGGAAUACUCGUGACAGGAUCACCUACAGAUCAAGCUUCCGUCCAAGUUUUUUCAGCAGCUCACCAUUAUCGACUCGUGUAUCUGCGUUCAGAGAUAUACAGAGAUAUCUAUCUACCAACAAAGCCUCCUGAUCACGAUCUAGAAUGGUUCAUCGAACGAUAUUUCAGUCUCUUGUCAUGGUAUGAAGACGUCCAAAUGAACGAAAUCCUUGCAGGAGUUGGAACUUCAACCUGCAAUGUGGCUUUCAAUUCAACAAUCGUGUUUCUGUUUCAACCUUUACUUUUGCGAGCUCUAUCUCAAACUACUGCAUCCUCCUCAGAAACACCAGUACAAAUCAUCGCCUCAGAAAGCUAUCGAUGCGCCUGUGGUCUGAUACGAACCUAUGAAAACAUCAUGAGAGCACCGGACGACACAGCACUUGGUAUCUAUCCCAUGACAAUCAUGAGCGCUCACUACAUCUACCUUGCGGGCCUCACCAUCAUGGCCUACGUUCAGCUCUCGAUCGAAGCACGAGUCCAGAUUCUAAGUCCACUCGAACAAGGCAAUCCACAACGCAUCCUUCAGCCUAUGGAUUAUUCGGACAUCUUUCAGAUAUCUAAUUCUUGCCUCGUCCUCUUAACAUGGUGUGCCCAGACCUGGACAGGCAUGAGUGGGAUGGCAGACAUGUUUCGCAGGAUGUCGGAAAUUUUUCUUCCAGAGCUCGCCAGGAAAGGGUUGGCAUAAAGCGGACGUAUCAUCGCGGACAAGUUUAUCGUCGAGCGGCUGCUUUCCCGGUGCGAAUUCAAUUUUGCCUUGGCUGUGUUAUCUUGAGCAGAAGUGGGUUGCGGAUAUGAGCGCUGGCUUGGCAAGCAGGGACAAC